CGGACAUCUCCUAAGGGCCGCGCAACUUGUGGACUACGGCCUUGCUCACCUGUGCUUUCACUCACACAAAUUCUAUUAAAUGUCAAUGUUUGCUGCAAGGGUACAUCUAUGAAGUUUUAUUGCAUUUGGUUAAAUGAAGACAAAGAUGGUGAUGACAUGGCCAAGAAACAUGACGAUUGGUGUGGCUAGAAAGAAGCAUAAUGUCUUCCCAUCUUAAACCAAAAGGUAGCAAAUUCUUUUAUGAUGUGAAAAGAGAAGUAUACAAUGAAGAAUCUUUUCAAAAAGAGCAUAGAAGAAAAGGAGCUUCUUCAGGAGAUGUAGAUAUCAAUAUCACCACAAUUAAACACAGAGUACAAUUCCGCUGCUCAUGGAAGAGAUUUAAGAAAGUCAUUUUUGGCAUCUUUCCCUUCCUAGAAUGGAUGUGUGUAUAUCAAUUCAAGGACUGGCUUCUUGGAGAUUUACUUGCUGGUUUAAAUGUUGGCCUUGUACAGGUUCCCCAAGGUUUGAUACUUGCUGUGCUAAUAAGGAUGUUGAUCCCACCUCUCAAUAUUUCCUAUUCUUCUUUCUGUUGCUCAAUGAUAUAUAUCAUUUUUGGAACGUCUCAUCAUGUAUCUAUUGGAAACUUCUUCCUUGUAAGUGCAUUGAUGGCAAAUGUCUUAAAUAAAAUAAUGUUCAAUUCUGGUCACCUCCUAAUGGGAACUUUUGUCAGGGGUGACUUUGAAGAUCCAGCGUACUCCCUGGAUUAUGAGAAGGCUCUCAGUGUCAUGCAAGCUGUAACCUUUCUGACUGGGAUUAUCCAGCUGCUGAUUGGAUUGCUAAGAUUGGAUUUUGUCACCAAGUACCUGCCUGACACCUUAAUUAAUGCCUAUUUGGCAGCCACAGCACUGCAUGUCAUGAUGUCCCAAAUGUGCUUCAUUUUUGGGAUUAUGGUUCGUUUUCACUGCGGUGUUAUCGCCUUCUUUUAUAAUCUAGUUAACUACUGUAUAGCUCUCCCAAGAGCCAAUUCUACUAGCAUCCUGCUGUUUCUGAUUUGUAUGGUGGCUUUAAGAGUCAACAAAUGUAUCAAGAUCUCUUUCAAACGAUAUCCCAUUGAAUUUCCCAUGGAAUUUGUACUGAUUGUUUCCUUCACUAUCAUCGCAAACAAGAUCCACAUGAACACUGAAACCAGCAAGCACAUUGUUGAUAUGAUUCCUUAUAGCUUCUUAUAUCCUGAACCAGCUGAGCUGAAGCUUUUGCACAUGAUUGUUUGUCAUGCUCUCUCCCUGUCCAUGGUGAGCUACAUUCUGCUCGUCUUUAUAGGCAAGAAGAUUGCUUCCUUGCAUAACUACAAUAUCAAUCCUAACCAGGAAUUGGUAGCCAUUGGCUUGUGCAAUCUCGUCAGCUCAUUUUUCAAAUCUUUUGUGUUCACUUCUGCUAUUGCCAGAACAGUUAUCCAAGAAAAAUCAGGUGGCAGGCAACAGUUUGCAGCUCUGGUAGGUGCCGGUAUAACGUUGCUAGUGAUGCUGAAGAUGGGUCAUUAUUUCUAUGCACUGCCUAAUGCUGUACUGGCUGGUAUUGUUCUGAGCAACGUCUUGCCCUUCCUUUCAACUAUCAUGGACCUUCCUGAAUUGUGGAAACAGAACCAGUAUGAUUUUGUGAUUUGGAUAGUGACAUUUCUGUCAGUGAUCUGCUUGGGACUGGACAUUGGGCUGCUUAUUUCAGUAGUAUUCACCUUCUUCAUCACCACUGUUCAGUCACACAGAACCAACAUUCUUGUCCUAGGACAGAUCCCCAAUACCAACAUUUACAGAAGCUUUACUGACUACCGAGAGGCUGUGUACAUUCCAGGAGUGAAAAUUUUUCAGUUCUGCACUGCCAUCACUUUUGUAAAUGUUGAGGAAAUCAAGCAGUUGCUGUUAAAAGAGGUAGAUCUGAAAGCUGUGCCUCUUACUGAUGAAGACUUGAGAAGUUUGUUCAUUGACAACAGGUCUGAAAUAGGUGAAGUCCCUUUUAAGUGUGCCUGCAACUGUGAUGAACCGGAGCCACCCCCCAGGAUUGCUUACACGGAUCACCUUGAAAACAGAUCUGAAAGUGAUAUAUCCUCCAUUGACCUGUUCCACUGCUCACGUUUUGAAGGUCCCCUUAUGAGUCGUAGUAUGUCUGAAGAGCAAAUGGUUUGCAUGAUGGGCCAUGGCAAUUUAAGAAACCUAAAUUCAAAGAAUGAAGAUGUAGACAAAGUCUGGGUUCCCAGCCAUACCACAAUAAAUAGUUCUGGAGUUCAACUGCUAACAGCUUCACCUUCAAACAAUGAACAUAUUGAAAGUCAUCACAGGAACAAACAUGAUCCUGGAAAGCAUAGUUCUGAUGUAUCUUUCAUAUCAACUGUCCACACUAUCAUCCUGGAUUUCACUAUGGUGAAUUUUGUGGAUGUAAAGGCUACACAAGUAAUAAGACAGAUCUGCAAUGCAUUUUACAACAUUGAUGUAUUAGUUCUCCUCGCAGGUUGUCAUCCACUGAUUGUUAAGAAUUUUGAAAGAAGUGAUUUCUUUGAUGCUGGCAUUACCAAGGCCCAGUUGUUCCUUACCCUUCAUGAUGCUGUUCUGUUUGCUCUUGGGAAGAAAUAUUUGGAGACACCUGAGGAUGAGCCAGAACCAUUAAUAAAGGAUGAUUCUCCACUCUAUUGUCCCCCUAUUCAUAUAUAUGACUCAGAUUCAAGAAAGGAACUACUACAGACUACACCUUCCAAGGGAAAGUCGAGCCAUUCUGACCAGAGUAGAGAAAGCUCAUCAUCAACAAAGAAAGAGAAAAUUACCAUACCGCUCUAUCAACCAAAUAUUCAGCCGGAUAUGAAAGACCUGAAUGAAAGAGUGGAGCUAGAGACAGAGAUGGACACAGACUUCGAAGCCGAGCUGGAUCUGGGGCCAGAACUUGAGUUUGAUCUAGAGCCGGAAACUGAGACUGAGACUGAGAUUGAAAUUCAGACACGACAUGCUAUAGGAACAGAAAUAGAGAUAGAAACAGAGUCAGAAACAGAUCGUCAUGCUUAUGAUCAACCAUAUGAAAUGUCAUACCAAAGACCAUACCAGUGGAAUAAUAGGGAUAACCAAUGUAAAGAGUACCAUGAUAUCUGGGACCAGAACUGGAAAUAUUCAAGUAAACCCUAACAUUCCACUAUAAAGUCCCAUGGGAAAUUCUCUCUCUCCCAAAUAGGAAUUGCUUAGUGAUAGAAAUCUUGACCUGUUAAUAACUUAUACCAGCACUGACCUUGUAGCUCAUUCAUGUACACAAAUUAGACAUGGACCCAUGCUAAGGAUGGGGAUGGGAUUCUCAGAUCAUAUCAUUAACAUGCAAGAAAUAGCAAUGGAUCUCUAAUCAUUUGUCAAGCUACCUAUAAUAGAUGUCUCCCUUUUUAUGGCUCCUUAAGCCCCAUCAAAGUUCCUGGAGAGUCUGGCUGACUAUUACUAAUAGCUCCUUUUUACCUUCCCUUCCCACCAUCAGCCUUUAUAUAUAAACACUGAGGUUCAAAUAAAAUUCACAGCUUUAGUUAUAUUCUGCAAAAGGCUUUGUAUUCUUCCAGCCUCACCUUCCUUUUAUGCACUCUGAGUCUGUAAGAGAAUAUGAAGGAAAGAAUUCAGACAUAAUAUGUGUGCAUGGGAAGGAACUUCUGGCAGGAGAAAGGGAAAUCUGGCCACUCUUUUACUCAGACAAGACUUUUUUUUUUUUUUUUUUUUUUUUUUUUUUACAGCAAUUAUCAUAGGAAGGAGCAGGAAACAGUGGGGCAGGUAGGUGAUGUUUUUCCACCAGUAGAGACUGGUGGAAGAGGCUUAUCAGAAGAUUUGUAAAUAUUAGUUCAUUUGAAAGAUUUUUAAAUUGUUAGAUCCAAAAAGUCUGAGCUAAAUGCUGUCAGCGAAAGAGGUUCUGGAAUCUACUUCUAAUCCAGACCCAGCAUUGCAGACUAGUGAGUUACAAUCAGAAUGGAACUUUCACUAACAAUUCCUUUCCAGUUCUAUUUCCACCACAUUAGCUGAAAGUUUGGAAGCCCUAAUAAUAAUAAUUUUCUUGGGAACACAGUUUCAUAAUAGAUCUCUCUUUGUUGGAAUGUUUAACUUCUCAGAAAUUGGGGAAAAAAUGAAUAUAAUCAUUUAUGCCCAAACUUCCCCUUUUAAAAAUUAUUGAUGCUGAACCCAGCAAGAAGGAGUUGGUGCAUGCAACUCUGGGUUCUAGUCUCAACAUUAUCACUCAACAAAUGAGACCCAAUUUUCUCUGUACUUUUUUCAGUUUAAUAAUCUUUUGUUAGAACUCUGAUUCCUCAGCGACAACAUCCAUUAACAAGUAUUUAUUGUUCAUCUACUAUGUGCACAGUAUUGUGCCUAAGGGAGUCACCCCAAAACUGACAUGCUCGUUACCCCCUAGCAGCAUAUAGUUUGGGAGACAAGCCAUAUAAGCAUAAUAAUAACAUGAUAAAGCUAAAAUCCAAAUCUCAUAAUAGAAAUCUUACCAAUGUCCUGGGCAUACUUAAAAGUAUGGGCUGCAUGCACACUUUAUACAUACCUGUGAUCAUUUUUGUACAUGUGCCUUUGCCUCAAUUAUUCUUGAAUCACAACAAUCAACUUAUCCAAGAUCUACUGGAUUCCAUUAGAAAUCCACAGCCCUAUCCAAAGUAAUCAAAAGAAAAAAGAGGAAUGGUGGGUCACCAUUUCUUUUAAAAAUAAUGACAAAUGAAUACAAUAAAACUAAAAUAAGGGCUCUGUGAGCUGAUAAUUAAAAGGUCUAAAUUUGUUUAAAAAUUGUAAUAAACCCUGAAUUACUAAACCAAUUCAAAUACUUUUAAGUGAUCCUAUCUAGGCUAGUUAAUCCAACUGGUUGCAGCAUGAUACUAACAGUAAGAUUGUAGGUUUAAUCCUUAGGUGACUUGAAAUAAUGUUACACACUGCACCCCUGCCUUCAGAAUUUUGUAUCAUUGAUCACAGUAGAAUGUAAGCUCCUUGUGUGCAAGGACUAUCUCACUUUUGUAUUUGUAUCCCUAGCACCUCGUACAGUGCCUCGCACAUAGUAGGUGCUUAAUAAAUGCUUGUUGAUUGAUUGAUUGACAAAGGGACUGGAUAAGAGAAUGUGGAUGAAUCAUCACAAACCCUUCCCCAUUAAAAGGAAGAAAUUACUCCUCAAAGCACAUGUAACUUACUAAAGGCAGGGGUCACAUUAGCAUCAUCUUUGUGUAGGAAGCACUAGGGGGUAUCAAUACUACAGAUCCUGGAAAUCUGUGAAGAAGACUGAAGCUUUACUCUUGUCCAGCUAAUGUUUUUUAAAAACAAACACAACUCUGUUACAGCCAUAGUCAGUUCCCAAUCACUGGCCCUAAUGAACAAGAGCAAUUGCCUACUUCAAUGUUAUUAAUAAUCACAAAAAAGCAUAGCAUGUUAGAACCAGAAAUAAUUUUUAAAACAUCUAAAACCUGUGUUCUAAUAUAACUUUUCCAUCCAUGAUAUAUAUAACAUUGUCACUGAUCUUUAGCACAAUCUUAUUGAAUCCUGAAUUAAUUCAAAAAUUGUUUUUGAACCAAUGUAUGUUGACUCCCUCAUUCCUCAUUGAGUAGAAAAUUUGCCAAGUGAUGCCCUCAAACAUAAAUUUUUAAUGACGUAUAAAAAUAAGCAUAACCAAAAAAGGCCACUGGCAAUAGGCAAAAGUCAAUUUAAGAAAUGUUUACAUAGGCAACACAUAUUUAUACACAUCAACACAUGCCUUUUCAUAAUUCUCAUACAGCUAAACACACACCUACCCAGAGACAAAUGGAAAUGGGAUUAAAUAAAAUAUUCUUAAAAGGAUAUUCAAAUGCUUACACAAAGGAUUGGCACUCAAGUACUCACGGGCACACACCCAGCUAUAUACAAAUACUUCCAAGAAAAAUUCUGGCAUAAAAAGUAUGUAUAUGGAGAUCCAUACAUGGAUAGAUACAUAUAGUAAUCAAGGCUGAAGUACAAAAAAAAACAGAAUAGGAUUAGUAAAGUGUUCAUAGGAUAUAAAAUCUAUAAAAACUUUUUAAGUGUCUCUGAAUUUUAGCAAAAUCCAGGAGGAAGAGAUAGAAGAAGCUUCAUUAAUAUAAGAUGCAGCUUUAUACAUCUGGUAAUAUGCCAAAACACAAGCCACUACAAAACAAUUUUUACACAAAAAUCUAGGGUUCACAGCUGUAUUAGUAUACAAUUUAGUUUUUUCAAAUACUUAGAUUAUUCAAAUUGCAUGCUAAACUAAUAUUAGCAAAAGAGAUGCUUUAUAGAAUUAAAAAUGAUAGUUUAUUUGGAGAAAUAAAGGUCCAGAGAUAUAAAGAAAUUUGAUUAUAUUGGACUUUUUGAUAAUAUAAAUGGUAGAUUAAAAAAAAACCUAAGGUGAAUGGAAUAGAUCAGAAUCAUGAUUUUCUAGUGUUGAUAAACCCAAGAACAUAAAUGCCUAAGAAAAGGGACCCUUUAUUCAACAAGAAUCACCGAGGAAGCCAGAAAGUAGGCUAGCAAAGUAGGUCCAGGUCAAUAUCUUAUACCUUACAAGGAAAGAUAACUAGAUCUAUAAUUUCAUUUUUAUAGGGGAAUCCCAGAUAAGGUACUACUAGGACAGUUUGGCCUCUCCUCUUCCUAAAGCACAAAGAGGUUAAGAGAUGUCAUUGAGGGCCACAUAGUCUAUAUGUGUCAGGGACAGCACCUAACCCCAAGAUUCACUAUAAUGGCAUUAAACUUAGAAACAGGAGCCACUACUCCAUAAGGAUCUUUGAUGGGGACAUGACAAUCUGUAAAUACUAUCUGUGUUUUACUGAGGGCUGCCAGGUUCACAGUAGAUAGGACUCGGCCUUGGAAUUAGGAAAAUUCAUCUUCCCGAAUUCAAAUAUGACCUCAGACCCUGGGCAAGUCAUUUAACU